AGUAAACUAAGCUUUAGUUAGCGCAAAAAAUCCAUGGCUGCGAAAAGCAAGAUUUUGUUCAUAGGAGGAACAGGUUACAUUGGAAAACACUUAGUAGAAGCAAGUGCAAAAGCUGGUCAUCCUACUUUUGCAUUGGUCAGAGAAACCACUCUUUCUAAUCCAGCCAAGGCCAAUCUCCUCAAUCAUUUCAAAACAUUAGGCGUUAAUCUAGUUCCUGGGGAUUUGUACGAUCAUGAAUCGUUGGUGAAAGCGAUUAAGGAGGUGGAUGUGGUGAUUUCUUCGGUACGUGCGCUUCAGCUUGCGGAUCAAGUGAAGAUUAUCGCUGCUAUUAAGGAGGCCGGUAACAUCAAGAGGUUUUUCCCUUCGGAAUUUGGGACCGACGUUGAUCGUGCCCAUGCGGUAGAGCCAGCAAAAUCUGCAUAUGAAACCAAAGCCAAAAUUCGACGUGCUAUUGAAGCAGAAGGCAUACCCUAUACAUACGUCUCUAGCGACUACUUUGCUGGAUAUUCUCUUGCCACAUUAGCCCAGCCAGGACAAUUUGCUCCACCUCCACCAAAAGAUAAGGUUUUCAUAUAUGGUGAUGGAAUUCCCAAAGCGGUGUUCAACAAGGAAGAAGACAUUGCAACCUUCACUAUUAGAGCUGUGGAUGAUCCAAGGACAUUGAACAAGGUUCUAUACAUUAAACCCCCUAAGAACAUUUACUCAUUCAACGAGCUUGUGGCAUUGUGGGAGAAGAAGAUCGGGAAGACUCUCGAGAAAAGCUAUAUUCCAGAGGAUAAACUUGUGAAAGAUAUUGAAGCUGCACAUGUUCCAAUCAAUGUGGUUUUAGCAAUUAACCACUCUAUUUUUGUGAAGGGUGAUCACACCAACUUUGUGAUUGAACCAUCUUUCGGGGUUGAGGCUUUUGAGUUGUAUCCAGAUGUUAAAUACACUACUGUUGAGGAGUACCUUGAUCAGUUUGUUUGAGAGUUAAAAAAGUACUAUGUUUCUGAAUAAUAAUACUUGUAUGAGUUGUUUGUUAUUUUGGA